AUGAGCAAUUUCAAGAAAGCAACUUAUUUCAAACAGAAUAUCUCUUAUAGGUUUAUAUUUUUAAUGGAAAAAAACACACUAAUAAAACUGCUAUUGCUUAUAUGUUUGGCUGUGUUAAAUGCCUUAAUUAGUAUAAAAAAGCUGCCUUUAAUUAAUCUAAGUAAAAGAAAAUAUAUGUAUGCACCGAGCUGUAUAUACAUUUCAGCAUCAUCUGAUAAAAACCCCAUAUUCAAAAAAUCUAUUGACACUCCCAAGCAUUGUGGUAAGAAGGAAAAGGAAAAUAAUAAUAUUACUCAAAAAAUAGCUCAAGUACUUUCAGAGAAACUCGAAAAAGACUAUCAAAUGAUAAGAGAAACCGACAGAAAGGAGCCAGUAUUUAUAGCAAGUAAUACAACCACAAUGAAGACCCCAGAAACCUCGAAUAGCAAUGAAUUUAUAAAUAGAGAGAACAAUAACCCGAAUCAAACGAUAAAGAGAAAAUCCAAAGAAAUAAAAAAAACCUUUAGAUCAAAGGACAGCAGUGUAGAAAAAACAAGUGAAGAGCCCCAAGUAUUGUGUGAAUAUAAAUAUGCAUCAGAAAAAAAGGAAGUAAUAGAAGUACUGGGCAAAGUUAUUAAAAAGAGUCUAGAGGGCCAUGGAUUAAACCAAAGUUUCAUUAACGAAAUAUCUAUUAAUACAGUUAUUGAACAUAAAACAACAGUUGUAAUUGAAAAUACCAGCAUAUCUGGAGAUAUAGAAACCAAAACUCUCUGGGAUGUACUAAAGGAGUGCAUUGCGGACACAAGAACCGAUAAAAAUGACAGAAGGAAUAUUGCCACUUCUAUUGCUUCAUAUCCAAAGCGCCUUAAGCCUGUGCCAAUAAUUAUCCAUGCGAUAUUAGCACACUACAAUUCAUACCAGGCGCGUGUGGGCUGCUUGGUUAUUUGUGGGUUUGACCUCCAGUUAAAUGAAAAUGCAUUUAGCGUCUAUACAAUAUUUUUUUCGAUAGAAAAGCUUCUGCUGCGCAGAACACUAAUAUCCUUUGAUGUAUUGAAUAUGUUAAACAAGUGCAUUUCAUUAAAAAGCCUCUCUGUUUACAUGGGAUCAGUUAUAAAAUCAAACGCAAAUAUUAAUCUAUCACUACCGUUGCAUCUAGAAGAACUAAAUCUGGGCUGCAUUAGCAGGCACUAUGCAAACUUAAUACUUUGUAGCGCAGCCAUGUGCCAACUUCUCAGAGAAAUAUCCAUAUCUAGUAUUGACUUCAUGGACACCGACCGGCUAAAUGGUUUAAAGCAUAUAAAUAAUGUCAGAUCAUUCACUCUCAGAGAUAUAGUGUUUAGUGUGUGCCCUGACUUUUCAUUCCUAAAAAGAAUGAGUGCACUUCAAGAGUUAAAUAUGAAUAAGAUUUUCUACUCAUACACAAAUGAGUUUAAGCUAAAAGACAUAUAUGAGAUUAAGGAGACUCUGAGGUAUCUAAGCACAGAGGCGGCUCUAGUGGACUCAUAUGUUUUGGAAGGGAAUAAUAUAGUAAAAGAGAAUAGAACAAUUGGAAUGCACAUUUCUCCCACUACCAUUCGUGUAGAUGCUAAGUUGUAUAUAGAUUUGGGGCUUAAUAGAAUGCUACCUACGAUGAACCAAGUGUAUACUGUCUGUAUUGUAUUUGUAAAGGAAGUUUAUUGUUUCCUAAUGGAUCCAGUUGAAUUAGAAUUUUCAAUAGACAGCACACUGUGCUAUCUUGACAUUAGUGCAAAAACUGCCACUUUCGCCAGUCAAACACUACUUAGGCAGAUCCAGCAGAUAGAGCCUCCAUUUUUAUACAUGCAAAGCAUUCAACACAUAUAUCUAAUGAACUUCCUUAAAGAGCUAAGUCAAAAUAGCAUAAUAUCGGUUCUAUCUGACCGUAUAUUAAAUUAUACACAGAACAACAAAAUAAAAACUCUGUAUAUAUCUGCCCCGCUAACACAGUUAACAAUGGAUAUAUAUAGAAUUGUUAUGUUUAAUGAUAGAAUGCCUGAUCUUAAAGAGCUAUGUCUGUUUAAUGUUCUUUUUAUACCUACAAGCACAAGUCCCAGGAACGAAAAUCAAAAAAAGGCGCUAACGGCAUAUUCUACGCUGAUACAUGCGGCCCCUCCUCUUAUGUUUAACUGCAAGCUUAUGAAAAGCGGCGAUAUUCUUAUAAUAAUGGAUUCUUCUACUGAUGGCCGGACAUUCACCUCUAUGAGCCGCUCUUUCUAG